UCCGGAGAGCAGCACGAGUGCCAGGACUCCUAAACAAGUAAACGAAACACUUUCAUUAACAAAUAACUUUGGUAACACAUUUACAGUGACUUUUAUUUGAAGGUCAAAUAACCUGUAAGUUGACUUACUUUCUAAAGUGAACACAUAGCUAAGUUUUGGAAUUAAUUUUAUACAUAAUUUAUUAGACGUUUUAUGACAUGUAUUUUUCGAAAGUUUAGGUUCACUUGAGGUAAAUGUUCUUGUAAUCGUGAAAAUCUUUUGAUCUUGAUGCUUGUUGUUUAUGUCUGUCUGUCUGUCUAGUUUGAAUUUUUUGUAGACAAAAUAUAAUUGUGCCAACAUUUAAACAACUGUGGCACUACCAUGGUGCUUUGUUGUUGUUGUUGUUCAGUAGGGUGGAAUCAGAGUGCCGGACUUAUAAUAUUAUAAGAUCUUUUCUUGAACUUUCUUAACCCCUCAAAAUCCAUGUGACCUAACUUAAUUACAUGUAAUAAUUUAUUUAUGUGGGUGUUUGAAAGUGAGAUCAGAAUGUGUUUCAAGUGAAAGGUCACUUCUUCAAAGGGAGAAUACCUUUGUCUAAUCUUAUUGGCAUAAAGAAGUGGAGAAAUGUGUAUGAUGUGAAGAAUGAUGUGGUAUUUGACUUGUUAAGCUGUUGGCUCACGCAUGUAGCUUGGCCCAGAUCCAGCGAGUUUUAACACUAAACCCCAGACUAAUCCUGUUCUGCAAUUGCCCCAGUGCAUACGUGCGCUGAGACUCCUAGAUGCAAGUCACACACACAAUAUCUUUUUCACAAUCUUACACACAUUAUUUUCGAGUUCAAUGGGUUCUGCAAUGGCGAUAAUGUAUUUUUGGAGAAAACCCUCACAGCUGGAUAUCUGAUGGGACCUGAUGCACCGUUUGAUAGUGUAAGAGAUGGUUUUGAUGUUUUGUCAAGUGCCAUCAUGGAAUAUUCUAGUAGUCUGCCACCUGCUGUCUGCAUUCAACUGGAACCCUGUAACAGCUGGUGAAUGUGACGGAGGGCACAGUGAGUUUGUGACAGUCAAAGAUCCUGAACACAGGAUCAUGGUGGAGGUGUUGAAUGACAACAAGCCAGAGUUUCUAAAAAGCUCAAUACAACCUCUGGAUCUCAGCGAGUUGACAGCAGUGAACACUGUAGCAUUUACCGUCCAGGCCAUUGAUGCUGAUGGAGACACGCUCGCAUACAUCAUUGAUGAAACAUCACCUGACGCUGGAUAUUUUCGCGUGGACUUGCCCAACAGCGGCAGAGUGAUUCUCAAAAAAUCUCUGGAUUAUGAAAGCAAAACUCAGCUUCGGAUCACUCUUUAUGCCGUGGAGACAAACACAGUUGAGCACUACAAUACGACAGCAACAAUAAUAAUCAACGUAUUGGAUGGAGAUGACCAAUACCCACAAUUCCUGCCGUGUAUUCUCCUCUCGGCCAAUCACGGCAAACGCAUUUGUGCCAAUCCCCUGUACACUGCCAACGUCACAGAGAAUGAGCAGGACAUUGUUUUGGACUUUUCUCCGGGUUCGAUUCAAGCUGCGGAUGGUGAUAGGGGUAUCAGAACAACACUAACAUAUACCAUCCUAUCAGGGGCAGAUAAUGGGAGAUUUGUCAUGGACAGUACCUCUGGAGAGGUGAGGUUAACCAGACGCGUGGAAAACCGACUGCUGACCCCGAUGCUGAGACUGCGUGUCAUGGCAGCUCAGGUGGACGACCCUCUGAAGUAUGCGGUAGCCACGGUUCUUGUGAGGGUUCUAGCAGAGAACAGAUAUCCGCCCCAAUUUAAUCGUUCGGCGUACCGUGGUUUUGUCAGUGAGGGCACAAGCCCCGCCUCUCUCGUCAUGACGUACGGCAAUAAAUUACUCACAAUGCAGGCCGUGGAUCAGGACUUCGCUGAUGGCUUCAAUCCCAGACUGCAGUAUUCUCUAAACUCAGAAAACAACAGCUCUCGACUGUUUUACAUUACACAAGAGGGACUACUCAUCGCUAAAACCAACCAGCUACAUCUCAACCACAAAUACUUCCUGGAGGUGGUAGCCACUGAUCUGGAGUCAGGGGACACCGUUUACGCUGCGUUACAUGUAGAAGUUCUUCAGAAAGGCCAGCCAGUUCCUCAGGGUCCUUUGGGAUCGGGGCAUCCUGAUGGCAUUGAGACGGUGGGCAGGGCAGAGGGUUUGGCAGGGUUGUGUCUAAUCUUACUGGGCAUUACCUUAUUUAUGCUGGUGCGGUGUAUAAGGAGGAGAAGAAAGAGACGGGAUCCUUUAAUACACGCCAAUGUGGCAGACAGCAAACACCCUAAUGUGAUGAACCACGGGAGACCGAUGCCUCCGGUGGAGGAAUCGUUUUAUCACAACGAGGCUUUCAGCGGGUACGAUGGCUCGACUUCACCUUUUUAUGGCAAACAAGGCGUCUACACCAAAACAGAGGAACCACCAACAUCCACUGUCGACUUGCCACCAGUCACCUUCGAUAUUCCUUUACUGGAUCCAGUAGCUCCGACACGACCCAAUGGAAAGCCAUCAGACAGAUCCAGCAGUAAAACGGUGUCGUUUCGGGAUUUUGUUGUGGUUCGGGAAUGUGAGGAAGAGCAGAAUAGAGAAGCGAAAGCAUCACUCAAAACGAAAAUAGAGGCUUGUACCAGUACAGAGAAAGUGGACAACGAUUGCAUGCAUGCAAAUACUGAUUUAGGUAUAGCAGAAAAUAAAAGCAUAACCGGAUUUGACACAGAAUCACAACUUGAUUCAAGAGUAAAAAUAGCCAUCAAAGACUAUGACCCAAAAGAUAAAGUGAAUACUUUACAAGUUCAUACAAACCCUGACAAAACAACAAACCAACAUAUCACAAAUCCGGAGAUGCUUAAAACGUUCGUUCCUGAAGAGGAACAAGCAGGAGAUUCAUAUCAAGACAGAGAAAAGGAUGACACAGAUACAGAAGAAGAUGCCACACAAGCAGACUUUCCAGUUUCAUCCCAUUCAAAACUCUUGACUUCUGAAGCAAGGUCAGAUGGGAUCAGUAAGUAUGUUGAUCAUCAUAUAGAUCCUGCAUAUUUAGCUACUAAGAAUUCUAUGGAAAAGAUAGAAACAGGAAUUCAGGAAUGAUAACGGUCUGCAGAUACGCUAAACUAAAACAUUGCUACGCAAAAUCGUACGAACAUGCAUUAAACACGCACAAAGAAUCUUGAUUCCACUCAACAUAAUGUGUCAAACACAACCACAGACCUGAACCAGAUAAGAUUAAACCCGCAUUAUGUUAAUAAGGACACCCAAACUAAUUUAGAUAAAGUUAGCAUGAAGAGAACCAGCAUACAAGUAAUCAAAAAUUGUCUUGUACAAUCAAACUUGACAUGAACACACAGGCAAACAGAGAUCCUGAUUUAUACAGUACAGAUAGAUGGCUAUAAACAUUUAAAGGUAUAGCGGAAGAUUUUCUUUUUCCGGGUGGAUCAUCUAGAUUAUUGGUCAUCCCAGAUGUCAAUCAUUCUGAUGAUAUGUUGACGUAUAACGCUCGUACGUGCUCGUGCCCUAGGUUCGCUUUCUGCACAUGCACACUUUCACGUGUAUAUGUGUGUUGUGCUACGGUUUCAACCAUUCAUUGAAGCUUGCGUUCUCACUGUGGUUUUUUCAAAAUGUCUGAGGGUCGCAAGAGAAAAAGUUUCUACGAAUUGUAUGACAAGACGAGAAAGGACAAUGAAGAAAAAAACAAGACCAGAGUGUUUAUGGGAGACUAUUUCACAGGUAAUAGGACAGGUUGGGCUUCCCACUAGAGGUCUACACGGAAGACCCGAAGAUCCGGGACCCGACCUGAGACCCGUACGGGUUCGGUUCUAUAUUUGAAAUGAUCAGCCGGGUCGGGUCUCAAUCUAUUACUUCGGGUCCCGGGUCUGUUUAACAUUGUGGGUAAUACCCGAGGUCGAUCAGACUCGGAGAACACACACUCACAUUUAAAUAAAAUUUUUCAAAAACAGCAACAAAAACUUAGAUGAACUGUCGCAUACAUUUUUCUAUGACGCUAAAAUUGCGUUAAAAAGUUUAUAUUUGGUUGCUCCAACCAGGCAGCUAACGCGCAUGCGCUCUUUUAAUGUGUCUCUGGCUACCAGUCAGGAGCUUCUGCAGUGAGACGCAAUGACUUUACCUUUGACAAUUGGCUCUUUUAUUUAAAAGGCGGGACCUAUUCCGCCGUACCGCGCAUGUUGCACUGACUUCUCUCAUUUUUAUAAUAAUAUUAUAAAUUGACCGUCUUGCUGUUAUAUCUAAAGUUUUCGUGACUCUGCUCAAAGAGCACAUAUGAUAGCAAAGAAGCAAAGCUAACGAAAGCAGCCAUGGCACUAAACGAGCAAUCAUUAUUAUAAUCCAAAUGGGCAAACAUUUUUAAGCAAGUUGACCCGAUACACAACAAAUGUAAAACUGCGUUAUUAAUCACCAUGACUGUAAAGUGGACUUUAAAAGCUGGAAUAAGCAUUACACAUUUCAAUCGUCAAGAGAGGAAUAACAUGGAUGGAACUUUCUUGGAAAUAAGGAUUGUGCAUCACAAAGUCAGGUACAAAGAGGGAGAAGACUAACUUCUAUGGGUAAGACAAAAAGUUAAAUUUUUACUACUUGUUUAUUGACUUAUUAACAUUUAGCUAAGGAAUAUUUGCCGGUCGGGUCUGUGUCUUCCCGGGUUUAAAUAAUAGACGGGUCUUCGUCAGAUCCAGGUCCAGCUUUUAAAUAAUAGACGGGUCCGGGUCGGUUCCGGGUCCAGCUUUCAAAACAACAGACGGGUCCGGGUCGGUUCAGUGUAGCACAUUUGCGGGUCUGAUCGGGUUCGGGUAGUAAUUUUUGGACCCGUGUAGACCUCUACUUCCCACGCGAAGUUUCUACUGGAAAGGUACAUUUUGUCAUGCUAUUUGGAGAAAUCCAUUUAAAAUCACUGCUAGUAAAAGUUAAUGUAAGCUAUGAUUAGCGAUGCUAGCCCUGGCACAAACCGCACAGACACGGUAAACAUGCCAACAGCAACUUGUAAACAGAGCGAAGAGAAGAACUGAGCUCCUGCAUGCUCUCUCUCUGUCUCGUGCACGCGUUUAAUAGGCGUUCCCUCUCGGGAGAAGGUAGAGUGUUGCGCACGUGCAUUUUUUUUUAAGUGGAGGGACCGUUCUUUUAAAUAAUUCGGAAAAAUCUUCCGCUAUACCUUUAACAAGAGAGAUGCAACAAGUGACUCAGUAAUGGAAAACAAAUGGUAAUGAAUGAGAUUCGCAUGUAUAGCUUAGUGGUAGAGCAUUGUGUUAGCAGUGCAAAAGGUCUUGGGUUCCAAUCCAGUGGCGGCCGGUGACUUCUCUUCUGAUGGGUGCGAAUUCAAAAUAUGUGUUUCGCAUAUCAUGUCAAAAUAUGUGUUUGCUGCAUCAUGUGUCAUGUCAAAAUAUGUAAAAUAACGACCGCCACUGUUCAAAUCCAGGGAAUAAUGCACACUGAAAUGUAUAACUUGUAAUGCAUGUAAAGUCGCUUUGGAUAAAAGCAUCUGCCAAAUGCAUUAAAGGUGCAUUGUUUAAAUUUUAGAAUGAUCUCUUGACAGAAAUGUAAUAUAAUAUACAUAACUAUAUUAUUAGUGGUAUAUAAAGACCUUACAUAAUGAACUGUAUUGUUUUGAUUAUUUUAGAAUGAUGCGUUUUUAUCUCACCGCGGGUUCCUUUACAUGAAAGUCUCUAUCAUGUUUCUACAGUAGCCCUAAACAGACAAACUCGUUUUGGCCCCACGUUGUCUUAGACGAUGACAUGUUUGUCCUACUGUAGCUUCUCUAUGCAUUUCUAAAGGGAGGGGUGAGCUGUGGACUGAUCCGUUGGUUGCAAUUCACAAUCUCACCACUAGAUGCUGCUAAAAAUCUACACAGUGGACCUUUAAAGAGCAACUAUGAUCAGAUUCACGUUUUUACAUUUCCUUUGGUGUGUGAGUGUGUAUUAAUACAUCUUAACGAUAUGCAAAAGAUACAAACCCUAAGGUAAACGAUGGCGCAAGUUAUCGUUUCCAACGUAAAUCUCUUUUCUUGUACUACAACAAACACACGGAUUGUAGGCAACAGUUUACUUCCUGAUUGGUGAUGUAGACAAGACCGACAUUAUCAUAAUUCCUCCCGCUUUGACUCACAGCCUGUAAAUUAACUCCUGUUAGCAUUGCAUUAUGAGCGAAUCUUUCAAACAUGGUAAGGAGCAUCACAUUUACAGCUGAUGUCAGAGGUAUUUGGGCCAAUCACAAGGUAAAGAUUAACUGGCCAAUUAUGGACACAGCGCUUUUCAGAUCGAUGUGUUUUGUACAAAAUCAAAGCGCUUGAGGCAAGCAGUAUAUCUGGAGCUACAAAAAUGUACGGUAUGUGAAAAAUAAAUGUGUUUUUGAACCAUAAACCUCGCAAACAUUGUAUUAUAACAAAUACACAAAAUAACAUUGUUUUUAAAGGAUUAGUCCAUUUUC